GGCACUGCCCUAAGUCCCCCCCCCCCCCUUGCAUCAUAAGCAAAGUCGAAAUAAAGUAUUUCCGUCAAUAUCAACAAAUUUGCAUGAUAUUACGAUGGAUAGUAUCGAAAAAAGUAUUUAUGAUGGUUGCAAAUAUACAAGAUCUUUUGCUGAAAAAUGAGGAAUGCCUUCGAUUUUGAUAAAGGAGAACGUUUUUGAAUUAAAUGAUAUAUGCGCAAGCAUACGUGAAGAUUUAGAAAAUAUUAUUUAUAUCAAUUAUAAUAUAUAUAUUAGAUAAUGAUGAUAAUUGUGAUUCAGAUGAAGAAACAGAUUAUUAUUCAUUAGCAACUGAUGCAGAAGAUGAAAGUGAAUCUGAGUAUUCAGAAACAGAAAAUGAAUGUAAAACAUCUACAAAAAAUGGUUAUAACAGUAUGAGAAUUUUUUCUAGCAUUUGUGAUAAAGAAAAAUAUAAAUUCUUCGAAGUUGAAAUCAAUGGCAAAUUAAAGUACAUUCAUAAACAAACAGCUGCGUGA